UAGUGCCACUGUUUGCAGGGUGCAUGUGAUAAUUGUGAAAACACUUACUACAAUGCAACAACCACAAAAAGAGAGGUGCUUCAUGAAACUGAGCGACUGAGCGAGGGAUCAGACAGGCAAGCACCAAAUAACCACCCCCACCCUUAGCCAGCCUUUACAAAGAAACUUCACACAAGCGUGGGGGAAAAAAAAAAAAAGAACAGAAAAUAUAUCUAUUUCAAAUUUCGUUCUUUCCUGAGUGUUUAUCUAAAACAAGUUUGGAAUUUUUUUUUUUUUUUCACGUUUUGUUUGUCUGGAUUUUAACUUCUCUGGGUUAGUAAUAAAUUGGAUUAACCCCGUCUGUGAAGCAAACGAAUUUCAGCUGUGCGUUUGGACCAAGUGCUAAAGAGAAAGAGAACGAGAGGAGAAGCAUUCAGAAACUGUUUCUAUCUGCUUCAAAGGCUUUCGUUGGAUACCAGUGUAACUAAUUACAGUAACUGGCUGUUGCAUAUUUGAAUCCUAAGAAUUGAAUCUUGGUGCAUUGAACACACGGUGACAUUAGCCGGACACCGCCGCCACAAGGUUCAGAGGUCGAAGUUCAGGAUUUGUACCAAUUUAAAACGUCGCACUCUACAGUGCUUGUGUUUUAAAGCAAGUACUGUCCUGGGAUGAUGUGUUAAGCAAAGACAGUGCCAGCAGUGCAGGGGGUGAAUGCCUCUCUAACACAACAUAGGAGACAAAUGAAUGUUCACCAUGCCACCCGGGGCGGUCCUUAUUUAUACCCUCCUCUGCCUGCUGGGGAGCAGCGUCUUGAGCGCCUAUGAAACCUUCACCCGAAGCGGCACCAAAUUCGAGCACCUGGCCCUUCACCCAGACCCCCAGACAGGCACAGUAUACAUUGGAGCCACCAACUACCUCUUCCAGCUGAGCUCCGACCUGCAACUGAGAACUGAGGAGAGCACGGGGCCAGUUCAGGACAGCAAAGACUGCCUGCCGCCCAUCGCCUUCACCCACUGCCCCCAGGCCCACCUGGCAAACAACCACAACAAGCUGCUGCUGGUCAAUCCCUAUCAUGGGGAGCUCAUCACCUGCGGCAGCAUCCACCAAGGCAUCUGCGAGAAACGCAGCCUGGAUUCCAUCAAGGAUGUCCUCUUCAGGACUGACAGGCCGGUGGACACUCAAUAUGUGGCGGCCAACGACCCAAACGUGACCACUGUGGGGCUGGUUGUCCUCUCCAAAGAGCAGCUGCCUGUCCUGUUUGUGGGCCGGGGCUACACCAGCAGCCACCCUCCCAUCUCCACCCGCAACCUGGUGUCUCCGCCCAUCUUCUCGUACGAGGAGACUGCCAAGCUUGCCGUGGCGGGACGUCUUUCAGAAUACGACCACCAUUUUGUCAAAUCCUUUUCCCACCACUCCUCGGUCUACUUCCUUUUUUACAGACGGGAUUUGAAAUCCCAUUCCCGGGAGUACAAAACCUAUAUUUCUAGGAUCUGCUUGUACGACAUCUCCUAUUACUCUUAUGUGGAGGUGCCGCUGGUGUGUCGGACUGCUGGGAAGAACUAUAACCUACUGCAGGCCAUUCAGGUGGGGCGCCCGGCCGAGGGACUGGCGGCUGGGCGGCUCAGGACGCGAGGGGACGUGCUGGUGGGUGUGUUUUCUAUGGGACUGGCCUCCUCGGGGAAGCCCGGAGAGGACUCUGCGAUGUGCAUGUACACACUGGAGGAGAUCGACCAGCGCAUCAAUGCCACGCGGGACCUGUGCUACACGAGGGAUGGGCGGGCCGAGGGAGGUGGAGAGGCAGCCUACAUAGAGUAUGACGUCAAGUCCCUCUGUGCCAACCUCCCCUUGAACACCCUCGAUGCCUACCCCUGUGGGUCUGACCACACCCCCAGCCCAAUGGCCAGUCGAGUUCCAGUUGAGGCUGCCCCGUUAUUGGACAGCCCGAGCGCCCGCCUCACCGCCGUGGCUGUCAGUGUAAUGGAGGGACAUACCAUUGUGUUCCUGGGGGACAGCAAAGGAAACUUGCAUAAGGUUUUCCUUGGCCCCUCUGGCGAAGCAGAGAAGUAUGCCACGAUAAUGAUCCAAUCAAACGCUGCCAUCAGUGGGGACCUGCUGCUGGACCAAUCGCAGGAGUAUCUCUAUAUCAUGACUCAUUCCAUGGUGGUGAAGCGUCCAGUGGCUGAAUGCACCAAGCACCUGGAUUGCCAGUCCUGCCUCUCUGCCAAUGACCCGUACUGUGGCUGGUGUGUGCUGGAGGGAAUGUGCGGUCAACGGUCCGACUGUCUGCGGUCAUCUCUGGCUGGUCAAUGGAUGUGGAGCUACGACCAACACCAGCAGUGCCUGAGGGUCCAGUCUCUGACUCCAUCCAACAUCAGCAGGGAGGAGAAGAGAACUAUCUUCCUCUCGAUCCCUGAACUGCCUGCUCUCGUUGAGGAGGAGUCCUAUUCCUGCUUCUUCGAGGACUACGAGAGCCCAGCUGUGCUGACUGAGACCGGGGCUACCUGCUCUUCCCCCGACGCCAACAAGGUCCCACCCAUUCUCCAGGGGGAAGACUACGUGACGGUGAGACUCUCCCUGCGCUUCCUUAAUAUCACCGUCUCCUCCACGGAGUUCAUCUUCUAUGACUGCAGUGCCGUGAAACAGCUCUCCAGGAGCAUGCCGUGCCGUGGAUGUGUAAGCAGCCAAUGGGGUUGUAACUGGUGCGUCCAUCAGCAUCUCUGCACCCACAAGCCCACCUGUGAGGAGGGAAUCAUCAUCUACAACAAGCAUUUUGCCCUUCCUACUCCACCUCCCCCUUCAAUGACACCGGUGAUAAUGUUUUCUACGGCACCUCUGCCCUCCACUUUGGUUCCAACAACAUUACUAACAACCAUCCCUACUAUCACAACAACUACAACCACCACCACUACUACUCCUCCCGCUUCUACAACUACUCCUCCCACAACUACUACGACUUCUACGACUACUCCCACAACUUCUUCUCCCAUGACAACAACAGAGAGCCCAACUACAAUAGAGCCUACAACCAUCCCAACGACUGUCCAGCCAGAAACAGUUCCUACAACACUGCCUACAACCACAGAACCAACCACCCUGCCAACCACUCUAGCUACUACCACCAUCACCACCACCGCUUCUACCGAAGCAACUGCAGUGGCCAUGCCAGCUGAACACACCGUACCCAUUUUGGAUGCAGAAGAGACAACUGAAGAUGAGAUUGUGAUGACAGCCGACUACGCUGACCUUCUAACGAUGAACCAUGCGGUGGAGUUAGGUGAGACUGAAGUGCCACCUUCUCUACAGCCUACAGCAAGUGAGGAUAUGAGCACAACCCAAUUUACCACCUCAGCUCUCCUUACCUUCCAACCUCUCGUUGCCUCUGUGACUGCUUCCCCCGAGCCAUCGAAUGACACCAUCCAGCUGAAUGAUGCUCUGUCAAUAGCAGAACCUCCCCAUGACGUCCUGCCGCCCACAGUGACCCCCACCCAAAGCCCGACUGACCCCUCCCCUUUAGAAACACCUUCUGAUUCAGACUCAGAGUUUGAAUUCCCCAACGCCAAGGUGCAGCCCACUGUGAUCUCAGAACAGCUCCUGGAUGCUGGCUCGGACCCCAUUCCCUGGUUUGAGGAGGUGCAGGUGGAGAAUGAUACAGCCCCCUUCUCAGCCACCACGCUCCUUUCUGGAGACGGCGAUGUAGAAAAUGCAUCCCCCACCUUCCCACACAUGCUGGACCCAGACUUGGAAUUCGAUUACCAGUAUGACUCCCCAGGACUCUACACAGUGGGCGAGGAGGCUGUCGGUGUCAGCUGGGGACCUGAAGACUGCCCCUGUGUGGAGAGCGUCCAAGGAUCAGCCCUACUGCCCGUCAAUGUGGAGAGGAAGAUCACACUGGUGGGCAAGAACCUCCACCUCUUUCAGGAUCAUGAGCUGGAUUACGAGUGCGUGUUUAUGAUCGAGGGGAGGAUGGUGGUCGUGGACACCUAUGUGGAGACUGAUGAGCUGGAUCCAUCCUUGUAUUACCUCACCUGCCAGCUACACCGGUACACCUAUUCCGCCCAGCAGGAGGACUAUAACGCUGUGGUCUACAUCAAGAGGAGGGACACCUACCGUGUGGACAGCGCUCAGGAUCUCUAUGUGACCCUGUAUAACUGUUCAGCGGGGCGAGCUGACUGCAGUCGCUGUCAGACUGCAGAUCCCAAGUACAGCUGUGUGUGGUGUGGGGGGGGCCAGUCCAGCUGUGUUUACAAGGAGUCCUGUACUGAGGAGAUCAAACAGACCUGCCCUGCACCCCUUAUUCACUCUAUUGAACCCCUGUCUGGUCUGGUGGAAGGAGGGACUGCCGUCACCAUCUCGGGUUCGAACCUGGGUCAGAAGUCUCAGGAUAUCGAGCACACCGUGUCUGUGGCAGGGAUCCCCUGUACAGUGGACCCCGGCAGAUAUGAGAUCUCCACCAGGAUUGUGUGCAUGACGACCGCUAGCGAUGGGAAGAAGUCUGGCCACGUGUCUGUGGAGGUCAGUGGAGGUGGUCAUGGUGUGUCCACCCAGGUGUUCACUUACCAGGACCCAGUUUUGGAGAGCAUCUCCCCUCAGCGUGGCCCGAAGGUGGGCGGGACAUCUCUCAACAUCACAGGCAGCAAGUUACUGACGGGACGUCCCAGCGAGGUCAGCAUCUUCGUGGGAGACAUCCCCUGUGUCAUUUCCUCAGAGCUGCAGGAGGAUUGGUUGCAAUGCCAAACUGGCCCCAGUAACGUCACGGCCGAGCUGACUGUCCGCCUGCGGUAUGGGCAGAACGAGAGGCAACUGCAGAGCACUCUGUACUACUACACUGAGGAUCCCAUCAUCACCCAAGCCGGCCCACCAAAGAGCUUCUUCGGUGGGGGGCGGGUAAUCCGGGUGUUCGGACACAAUCUGGACGUGGUGCAGAGUCCGAAAAUCCAGGUGACCAUCUCACCAAUGAAACAGCAGAGAAGGCGGCGGGGUGUGGAGCCCCAGGACAGGUCACCACGGCGACACAGGCGUAUCGUUCCGGACACGGGAUGCCCUGAAGAUACUCUGUGUUCCGUCCAACAGUUUGUGGAGCCCUGCCAGGUGAACACCUCCUCCUUGAUCCUGUGCAAGAGCCCAGCUACUGGGAGGCUGCUGAGAAACGCCCAGGUAACCGUAGAGUUCAUCAUGGACAACCUGCGCGUUGACUUCAACAGCGUCAGCCAGACCCGCUUCUCCUACGAGCUGAACCCUGUGCUCAAGCCACUCAGCGGGGUCGACAGCAAGCCCUACCGACACAAACCAGGCAGCGUCAUCUCUGUUGAGGGAGAGAACCUGGACCUGGCCAUCUCCAAGGAGGAGGUGCUGGCUAUGAUUGGUGAAGGGAACUGCUCAGUGAAGACUCUGUCCAGGAAUCACCUGUACUGCGAGCCGCCCCCUGAGCAGCCAUCACCACGGCGACGGAAGAAGCGCGAUGGAACUGAUUCCCUGCCGGAAUUCAUCGUCCAGAUGGGUAACUUGAGGUUUAAGCUGGGGAAGGUCCAAUACGACACUCAGAGUCUGUCCACUUUCCCACUGGAGGCACAGAUUGGAGUAGGCGUGGCAGCCUCUAUUGUAGCCCUUAUUGUCCUGAUCAUUGUGCUCAUAUACAGGAGGAAGAGCAAACAGGCUCUGAGGGAUUAUAAGAAGGUGCAGAUCCAGCUUGAAAACCUGGAGACCAGCGUGAGAGAUCGCUGCAAGAAGGAGUUCACAGAUCUCAUGACUGAGAUGAUGGACGUGUCGAGUGACCUGGUGGGAUCGGGGAUCCCCUUCCUGGAUUACAAGAUGUACGCCGAGCGCAUCUUCUUCCCCGGCCACCGGGUGUCUCCCCUGCGCAGGGACCUGGACGUGCAGGAGUGCCGCAGACAGACGGUGGAGCAGGGGCUGGUGCAGCUCUCCAACCUGCUCAACAGCAAGCUCUUCCUGACCAAGUUUAUCCACACCCUGGAGAGCCAGCGUACCUUUUCCCCGCGGGACCGUGCCUACGUGGCGUCUCUCCUGACUGUCUCCCUGCACAGCAAGCUGGAGUACUUCACCGAUAUCCUGAAAACCCUACUCAAUGACCUGGUGGAGCAGUACGUGGCCAAGAACCCCAAACUCAUGCUCAGGAGGACCGAGACUGUCGUAGAGAAGCUGCUGACAAACUGGAUGUCUAUCUGUCUGUAUGCCUUCCUUCGGGAUUCUGCAGGAGAAUCCCUUUACAUGCUUUUCAGGGCUAUAAAGCACCAGGUAGACAAGGGUCCAGUCGAUGCCGUCACCGGAAAAGCCAAAUACACCUUAAAUGAUAACCGGCUGCUGAGGGAGGACAUAGAGUACCGCACACUGACUCUAAAUGUCCAAAUGCAGGGGGGAGGGAACGAGGCCCAGCCUGUGCAGUCCAAAGUUCUGGACUGCGAUACCAUUACCCAGGUGAAGGAGAAGAUACUGGACCAGGCUUAUAAAGGGACUUCCUUCUCUCACCGGCCGCACACAGACUCCCUGGACCUUGAGUGGAGGUCUGGGGUGGCAGGUCACCUGGUCCUGUCAGAUGAAGAUUUGACCUCCAUCGUUCAGGGGAACUGGAAGCGCUUGAACACCCUUCAGCACUACAAGGUACCAGAUGGAGCAACAGUGGCUCUGGUGCCAAGAAACAGUAAACACAUCCACCAUGACAACCAUGAUUACGUGGCAGGGGAAAAGACCCCGAUGCUGGAGGAUCUGGACGAGGGUGGGAUUAAACUCUGGCACCUGGUCAAGGCCAACGAGGAGCCCGAUCUGCCGAAGCACCGGAAAGGCAGCAUGCGGGAGAGAGAGAGAGCAAAGGCCAUCCCUGAGAUCUACCUGACACGGCUGCUGUCAAUGAAGGGUACGCUGCAGAAGUUUGUGGACGACCUGUUUCAGGUGAUCCUCAGCACGAGCCGGCCCGUCCCGUUGGCAGUCAAAUACUUCUUCGACCUCCUGGACGAGCAAGCAGUGCAUCAUGGGAUCAUCGACCCAGAAACUAUACAUAUCUGGAAAACAAACAGCUUGCCUUUGCGGUUCUGGAUCAACAUCAUCAAAAACCCACAUUUCAUUUUUGACGUGCAGGCGUCGGACAAUGUGGACGCUGUGCUGUCAGUCAUCGCUCAGACCUUCAUGGACUCCUGCACCAUCGCAGAGCACAAGCUGGGCAGGGACUCUCCAAUUAACAAGCUGUUGUAUGCCAGAGACAUCCCACGGUACAAGCAGAUGGUGGAAAGGUACUAUGCAGAUAUCAGACAGAUGAUCUCUGCCAGUGACCAGGAGAUGAACUCGUCUCUAGCAGAGCUGUCUCGGAACUACUCAGGUGAACUGAAUUACCUUGUUGCUCUUCAUGAACUUUAUAAGUACAUCAACAAGUAUUACGACCAGAUCAUCACUGCAUUGGAGGAGGAUCCCACUGCUCAGAAGAUGCAGCUUGGGUACCGACUCCAGCAGAUAGCGGCCGCCGUGGAAAACAAGGUCACCGACUUGUGACAAGAAGACAUCUGGGAGAACGCAAGCUCGUGGGAGGAGGAUGCCCCAGUAGAGUGUGGAUUUAGUAACUGAGACCCCCUGCAGUCACCCUGCUGCCAGCUUUGUCACAGACUGCUUCACCUUUUUACAGAGUGUCUUGCAACGCCAGGAUGUUAAUAUUUCCAUCAUCCGUUGUAAGAAGCUAAACUUGUUUGUCGGCUUGAAUCAGCUGCUGCCAUGUGAGGUUUCCCAAGAAAGGGAUCUUAAAAGAUACUAAGACUGCCAUGUUAAUUAGGUCAGUUUUAAUUUGAAAGUUUAAUACCUAGAAAACGCAAACAGGACUCCCUCUUCAAUUGAAAAAGUAACGUUCGCAAACCUGCCUAACUGCCGUUGGAAAUUGCGUUUGUGGGCUGUAGCUCUAGAGUCAUGGUGACCUUCAACAAGGGAGGUUAAAGAAAAGAAAAGAAACUGCAAGCAAUUUAAUGGGGCACUGUCUUCAUGGCAUCGAACGCUUCUGUUCUCUUAAGAAAGAGUUGACAUAUCUAUCAGUGUUGCUGUGCCACACAAACAGGGAUUGAGUUCUUGUGUAUUAAAAUCGCUAUCUGCAUAGAGGCAAGCAGUAGGGUGGGGAACAAAAGUAAAUGCACUGUCUGGAGAAUGUGUUAAAGGUAUUUAAUGAUGGGAAGGUAGCUCUAAGCUGAGUAGAAGGAAUAUAUUUUAUGUUUUGCUAAUUCUGGGGAAAGGAGUAAUGUAGUAAAGGAAAAGUUUCACAUCCUGCAAUCAGACUGAUCAGGUGCGAGUCAGGAAUGUUUUGUUUUAAAUAAUAAAUAAAUAAAUAAAUAAAUAAAAAUCUGGGGAUGGUUUUCAGAUGGGUUAGAUGAUUUUCUUUUAGGAAUCCUCCGGAGGGAUUGUUCUUUCAUUUCUCAAGAAAUCUCGGAAGAAUAUCGGUGUGGUUUUAAAUGGAAAGCACAGUGUGGAAAUGGUCUAUUUAGUCAGCAUUCUGUUCAUAAAACAGUAAAAUAAGCCCUAAAUUUCAAUAUCACCAAACACUGGGUAAUGCCUUUAUAAGCCUAGUCACCUAAAUGUCAUUCAGACUCGUUUUUUCAUUUUAGCUGCUUUGUCCAACAAUUAUUAUUUUAGAAGUAUGAUUCUGGAGUGACUGUUGACUGUCGCUACAGUUGAGUGCUGUACUGUAUUAGAAAACAUAAGCAUAGGCUUUCCAGGCGGCUUACAUUUCAUGAAGGCUAGAUUUAUCAAGCUUCAUCCUGCUAUUCUUGGGGAACUAGAGGUUUGUCCCUGUUACUACCAAGCAAUGAAGAGAAUGAAAACUAAACAGAAAUGUUAACUAGACCGUUGUCGUGUCCUCUCCGUCACAUUCUGCUAUACUGAUAACAUUUACAAAUCUGAUGUGUAUAAGGUACUUCAGUUCUGAAAUAAAUGUUAGAACUGUGUGGGACAGUUUAACUCAUCUAGUGUGUUGACAGCACUCUGCAUGGCAUAGAGGAAAUGUAGCACAAGCAACCACAGCACAGGUUUGUCACCAGGGGGCAGUGUUACUAGGUAACCGAUUUAAAAGCUGUUUGUUUUAAAGUCAUGUAUAUUCUGUCUCAAGCUUAUCUUUCUUUUGAAACAGCCUGUACCUUUAAAAGUGUGAGGUAUAAGACUUGUUACUGUGCUGGUUUAGUGCUGCAAGGACAGUAUGCUAAGUUUGCUCUUACCAGUCCAAUUUAAAGGGGAGGAGAGACUUGUAUUUAAUGUGGGCACAAUGUAACUGCCGUUUUAUAUAGCAGUUUGAGCCAUUCCAGUUGUGUAGUGUGUCAAAACACAAGCGUGUCUAAUUUAGGCUUACACAAAAAUGCCUCACACUGAUGUACAAAGGUGCUCUACAAUGUUUGACAUUGUUUGCAACUUGGUGCUCCUUCCAGGUAUUUCAAAGUAAUGUGUACCUAGGCUUGGAAGGAUAUGUUUACAUUUCUUGCUCUGAAAUAGUUGUACUGCCAAGAACCUAGUGACUGUAAACAUGAUCAGCUAAUUAUCUAGCUUCUCAAAAUUGAAUUAAACAUUGUAACCCUUUUUGUUUUGCUAAAAUAAGUAGACUUUUUUGGUGCAAAGUCUACACUGAAUAGUGCAUUACUGUUAAAGUCUUUGAAAAUGUAACAAGAUUUUGUCUAGUUGAUGCCAUUUGUAUAAGUCAUUAGAUUUACUGUUUUUCAUAUUGGUGGAUAAAUGGUGCCCAUAUUGAGAAGACUGCCAUAAAAUCUCAAUGCCCAUCUUUUGGUUUCUUUCUCAAUUAGCCACAGGUGCAGUGCAUGUUUUUUCUACAGCUGCAUCACUGAGGUUGAUGGACAGAGCUUGUCGAGUUGGCCAAAGUGUCCAAGUUGCACCUCACUCUAAAGUUACAUUUGAUGCAAGUUACUGUGUGAUUUUUUGGCCGUCUGAAACUUGGGGUCAUUUAGGAGAACUUAUUUUUUCUGGUUAAUCUUGUAGCUUCAAAUGUCAUUUAAGUUUUCCUUCCACCUGUGUUUUAAAAUCAUUCAGAAUGGUUCUGAUGUCUGUUGCUCCCAUAUUUACUUUCUUUCUAUAAAUCUGCAUUUACCUGUAUUUUGAGCUUGUGUAAGGUAUCCCACGUGCCAGGACUGGUCAGCCUUUAUUCCAUUUGGUGACAAUGUGACAAUAAGAGUUAAAAGGUUACGUUGUCACUUGAUUUGAAUGGGAUUAUGAAGGCUGUUAAUCCCAGCAUUUAGGGUUCUCCAGACAAUUAAAAUUGUAAUUUUUAAAUAUUGGAGCAAAAUAACCUAAAACCACUCAAAGAAUGCAAACACCGUAAUGAGGGGAUAUAAAAAGUCAUUGAAAUGACUUUCAAAGAUACUUACUCUUUUAAGAUGUCUAUCUUGGUUUUGUUUUUUUCUUCUGAAAGCUGGUUUCUUCUGAUUUCCUUAGAGAAAUUUGAAUUUCAAGAUCAAUGCAGAGGAAUUAGAAUUGGGAAUUGCCUUGAAAGAAUUUCUGAUUGCCACAGACACCAUAGUGCCCUGUAAACGCUGUCACCCACUGAGAGAGAGAAAUGUUGCUUCUCGUGUUCCUGGGAAAUGUUAUUUUUAAAUAAAUAAACUGUAAAUAAACAAGGGUCCCAGCUUCAUUUCUAGACAACAGUACUGUUAAAUUAUAGGGCGUGUACACAUCACUACAUCUUGCAACUUGUUUGGAUUUCAGUGUGCAAAGUUGAAUGGACUGUCUGCAUUUUGGAUAUUUUCAUAUACUGUAUAAUUAUAUUAUAUAAAUGUUUGACAAGGCAGCAUGCUAGAAAGUGAUGUCUGUUUCAGAACAUGAAUAAGGCAAAAAAAAAAAAAAAAAAAAAAAACUUACAAACAUUCCAGUUCCAAAGCCUUGAAAUUGUUGAUGCAGAAGUAUCUGCUAUUGGGAAAUAAGAUGCAUACAUAUUACUUAAAGAUCCUGCUACAUACAGACAAGCACCCUUGGAAGUUUGAAUAAAUGUGUAAAUAAUGCUCA